CCUACCCCGCCAUUAUCUGGCAACCGACCACACAACCUAGCAAGCUGUGUCAAUUGCCAGCGCGUUGAAGGAGGAUAGGCGUUUCGGUGUAGAGCGGUUGAAAUGUUUCCCAUGUCGCACGGCGGAGGGUGGUAUGCCGCGUCAGUGGAUUCCCUCGGGGAAAGCCUUGCAGCAAACGACGUCGAUGGCGCUCGUCCGCCGCGACUCCGCCAAUCAACGACCGCAACCGCAGAUCCGGCGGGCCCCUGGCAGUGCGGGCGUCAGGAGAGCGGCGAUUGCGGCGCGCCGCGGCAGUACUUGGCGCGAUGGACCCCCGAGGAGGACGCGGCGCUGCUGGAGCACGUGAUGGCGCACGGCACGGCGGAGUGGGGGCAGCUCAGGGCGAGCGGACGACUGCCGCUGCGCGACAACAAGGCGUGCUGCAACCGCUUCCUGCUGCUCAAAAGGAAGUUUCUCGAGCACGAGCAGCAGCCGCAGCAGCCACAGCAGGAGUUCCGCUUCUGCCUCCGCCCACAGCAGCCUCAGCCCCCGCCCCGAUACGGCGAGCAGCAAGGGGUCAUUGGGUCGACUCACGCGGCGCCAGAGAGCCACCUGCUGACGUGUGACUUGCGGUGGUCGGCACAGCAGUGCCGCCCGCAUGUGCUGCCGCAGUCAGGUGCGCGGCGUGCAGGGGGGAAGGAUGGAUGGCUGGGGGGGAAAUGGAAGCACGAGGGUGGUGCAUCAUGGGGUGCAAUGGUGAACCCGCGGCUGCAGGGCCCAGAUAUGCAUGGUGAGGCCGCGGGACUCCAAGGUUGGAAUGAUAGCAAGCGUGUCAAGACUGUUGAGGUUGAAGAUAAUGCGGUGCUACUGCAGAAAGAAUGGCACGUGGUGAAGACGCAACGGCAGCAACAGCAGCGGCAGCAGCAGCAGCAGCAGCAGCAGCAUCAGGAGAAUCAUCGGGCGCAUGUGAGAAGCUGCAACGAGCAGAUGGUGGAGUCAAGCACAGGCACCUUCUCUGCUCCUUCCUCGUGCUCUGAUGCACCGAGCCCACCCUUGGCCACCGCGGCACACUACGUCCCGGUCACUCCAUCUCCCCCCUCUCCACUAACUAUCCCUCUGGAGACCCUGCCUCCCCUCCCUCCCCUGUCUCCUCUACCACCUCUGCCUCUCCUUCCUCACUUCCCCCUUUCUCCUGGCAACGAGCUGCCUGCUAUGACGGCCCCUUUCCCAAUCUCCCACAGCACCACUGCGGAUCCUCUUCCUUCGGCUCCACCUGCCUCGCCUCCUGUUGCUCCCCUUCCUCCCCCUUCUCCACCUGCUCCUCCUCUUGCCGCUGCUGCUCCCUCCGUGUGUGUGAGGGCAGGGGCAUGGGAGGGGCAGCAGCAGGCGGAUUUGGACAGGUGGAUUCUGGAGCAAGUGGGGCUGCUGGGAGCGGGGAGGGGGGGGGGGGUGAGGCUCUCGUGGCAGGAGGGCGUGGGGACGCAGUGGUGAGGUGGGGGGCGACAAGCAGGCAUGUGGCUGCGAUCGAUGAGUGCAAGGAUGGGUGAACAAUGGGAGGGCGAGCGCUAUGGUGGGAAGAGGCUCAAGCUAGUGGUGCAGCAGGUGCAAUGAGGCCAGCAGGGUGGACGAGGUUGAUAAGCGUGCACUGUGAUGAUGCCGUGUUGCACUGUGUCCCAGCAGCGCCCACCUGCGUUGCUGCGUGCUGCGUGUGGCGGCAUGCAAGAGAUGGUGCCUCACGCUGCCCACGUAUCACUUGGGCUGGUUGAUCCAUCUCACAACGCACCAAACCAGCUCUUUGCCUGAGAUGGGCUGGCGUCUGACAUGGGCGUCUGACAUGGAUCAGCCAAACCCAUCCUGCCCACAUGUCACUAGGGCUGGUUCAUCCAUCUUUGAUCUCCCAAGGCAAAUUAUAAUACAGAUAUUGCGUGUGUCUGGGUACCGCUGCUACACCAGCUGUGCCUCCCCUCCAGCAAAACACGCAUUUGCCCGACAGUCUUGUAGGUGUCAAGAUGUUGCAUAUGUAUAUAUGGUCUCAUUCUCAUGUUUAGUAAUAUUAUUA